AUGCCCGAGCCUCUGCGCGCUAAAAAUGUCUCCUUCGUCCUCACGACGAACCUCAAGUCCGUCUUCCUCCUCUGCCAAGCCGCAGGGCGACACAUGGUGCCCCUCCGGCGCGGGCGGAUUAUCAACGUCGCUUCGUUGUUGACUUUCCAGGGCGGCCUCACCGUGCCCGCGUACGCAGCAGCCAAGGGUGGCGUCGGGCAGCUCACCAAGGCGCUCGCGAACGAAUGGAGCGCGCACGGGGUGGGCGUGAACGCGAUCGCGCCGGGGUACAUCGAGACGGACAUGAACGAGAAACUCCUCAAAGACCCCAUCCGCCUCCGGCAGAUCUCCGAGCGCAUCCCCGCGGGGCGAUGGGGUCGCCCGGAGGACUUUGCCGGCCCCGUUGUUUUCUUGGCGAGCAAGGCGAGCCAGUACGUGUGUGGUGAGGUGUUGGUCGUCGAUGGGAACGUCAUCCUCCUUAUCGGGGUGCUCGGGUGCUCGCUAAACACCCUUCCACCCCGCCACUUACUCGGGCAUUACGACAACGCUAGCCGCGGGCAGCAGGCGUUACCUACCCCACACUCGUCUUCCUGGCUCGCUCAUGCCCUUUCUGGAACCUUCGCUUGGAGGAAGCGCAAGGAGAAGGUCGUCUUCCCCAAUCCUUAUCCAGCAAGGGAGGUGAUAAGUGAUGUGCUCACGCACAACUCAUCCAAGCAACUGCGCAAUCUCACCUGA